AUGCAAAAUGGAACAAACGAAUCGUCCGGCGUAGCUUUACUAUUGGUGGAUAUACAGCAUGACUUCAUUUCAGGAUCUCUUGCCGUUCCAGAUGCAGAGAGGAUAUUACCAGUAGUGAAGAAUUUGAUCGAAUCAUAUCCUUUUGAUAUGAUUAUUGCCAGUCAGGACUUUCAUCCGAAAGAACAUAUCUCAUUCGCAUCUAGUCAUCCAGAUGGUCCCGGCACAUUCAAGGAACACAAAGUGCCUCAUCCUGCCAAAACGGGUGAAAAAGUUGAUCAAAUGAUGUGGCCAGAUCAUUGCAUACAAGGUACAAAAGGGGCAGAAUUUCACCCGAUUGUCGAAGAUGCAAUCAAUGCUAAACGCAAACAAGGUAUUCCAGUUCAUAUAAUCCAAAAGGGCACUGACAAGCAUGUUGAUGGAUAUUCGGCUUUUGCUGAUAACCAGUACCUCGGAUUCACCCAAUUGUCAAAGAUACUGCAUAGCCACAAAUGUAAGAACAAGGCAGGGGGUCCCAUUGAGACAAUCGUUGUAGUCGGACUGGCGACGGACUACUGUGUUUUAUCAUCAGCGAUUGAUGCAAGAAAAUUUCACUUCCGCACAAUCAUAGUUGGGGAUGCAGUUCGUGGUGUAGCAAAAGAGACAACCGAAUCGGCAAUUAAAGAAAUGCAAGGAUGGGGAAUAGAGUACGUUCAAACAACAGAAGACCUUCAUGCUUUGCUCGUACCAAAAUAGAAUGAUCAUCUCGUCAUAAAUCCAUAUCUGUAUUCUAGCGUACUGUAUUAGAAAGUAGUCGAAAUUGAUUGCAUACAAAAGAG